AUGCCACAGUGUUCACAAGUCCCAGACAGAGAACAAGAAAACAUCAUUGCAGAUCCAGAACAUUUAAUCACACUACCCGGACAUGAAAGUAGUAGUAGUGUUGCGCGAAUUUCACCCAAACUCUCUACAAGUUCUCAAUCCAUUCCUGUGUUAAUAAAUCAAAAAAUAUCGCAACUUCGAGUACACCACUUAUGUUUUCGCCGGAAGCGGUACGACCACUACCAAAAGCUUCUCCAAGGAAAGAAACAAAUAGCGGGCGAAAAACCAGGAAAUCUACAAUCUACACAGAUACACUUGAAAAAGAAGAGACGAGAAGAGAACAUGAAAACAGAUUGA